AUGGGUGGUGGAGGUGCUAGGGUCGAUUGCUUUUUUACUAGGUGGCGAGAUGUGUAUUGGGUUCGAUUGGGUGGUGGUGAUGUGGGGACUGGGUCUGUGAGGUUUGGUGGCAGUGGCAGAAUCAGUGGCGGUUGUGAUGAUGAUGGUCUGACAGUCGUGGCCGUGGUGAGUUUGAUUUUCGUUUCGUUUCUGUUUUGCUGGGUAGAGCGAUGGGGUUGUGCAUUUCGGUUUAUGUUUUAG